UGGCUCAGCUUAUUAUUGUUGUGGCCCCACUUACGAGCCCAGCCUGGUGUGCGCCAUGCCCCGGCAGUUUCGACUGUCUGCAGCUUCGGCCUACAGCAUCUAUGAGAUGUACUCCCAAGAUUGGUGUGCUAUUGACGAUGCUUUGGUGGAGACGGAAACUAUGUGCCCCGAGUGCAGUCUGAGGAGGCUAGAUGACUGGACUGUCGAGGAUGUUGUCAGGUGGUCGAUGACCACGACCCUUUCUCCUGACGUGGCAACUUGGCUUCGGCAGCAGGAAGUUACAGGACAAGUGCUUCGAAGUUUGGAUGAGGCUGAGCUGGAAUUGAUGGGGCUUGAGCCCUUUGGCCGGCGGAGGCAGCUCUUGCUGUGCCGUGAGGAGAUUCUGGCAGAAGAAGCAGCAAAAGAAAAGAAAGCAGAAACAAAGGCGGAAAGCCCCAGGACAGGAAUCCGCUGGUCGCCAGACGUGCAAAGCAGGCGUGAGGAGAAGGCAAAAAGCAGAUCUUCGGACAAGGCUGCCGAUUUGCGAGCAUUGCCAACUCCAACAAGGGCAUUAGCCAAGUUGGCCAAGUCCGACUCGGAGGCCCCUAAGGGGGAAGCUGCAGAGAGAAUCGGCAAUACACCUCCGCACAAGGAUGUAUUUGUAUGUGCAGCGGAGCUCAGCCAGGAACAAAACGGAUGCCAAAGUGCUAUUCAAAGCCAUUUGCCGAAAACAGAUGGCCUUUCCAGCAAGGCUGGAGUUGCCCAGCAAUCAAAAGGAAGUUGGAUGCACAAUCCGUGCCAAAACCGGCCCCAGUGGUCCCCAAGACUGCGUUCACUGAUGUCUCUUCAUGACCUGCGGAGACCCGCGUGACUCCUAAUGACUUUGGCGUCAUCGGUAUCCCUUCCUGGCCAUCCGGAUGGAGAGUGCAAAGAUGUGCAAAGCAUGUUUUGCGAGAGGCCUUCUGAAUACCUUUGAGUCAGCCUCCUUUGGACUACCUUCUGAAAGGCACUGGGGGAGGUUAUUGAGUGGGUUUUGAGAGAGGUUGCGCAGGUGGCGGUUUCAUAUGUGUGGCUGAGACUUCGGGAUGAUUUGAUGCAGAACAAAGGUGGGGGUGUCCCCAGUUUGAAGGGUUUUGUAGGGCCUGGGCAGCGCCAGUGUGAGGGCCAGGGCCCGACAAUCGCAAGAGGUUCCAAAUCGAGAUCUUGAAGACAUUAAAUGUGGUGCCUUUGAUGGCCGACGAGGUGGAGUCGUUCAGCAAACAACCGACACCCGUUUUCAACUACAAACCCCUCAAAACAGGUCCUCGACGCAUUGACGACGCCAACAUAACAUGUCAGCUUGAUGUUUUCAUGAAGGUGGACGAGAUGCCAGCAAAUAGCUUAAGGCAAGGUUUGGGGCAGCUUUGAAGGCCUUGGCCUAGGGGCCUAGAGCAUGGAUGCCAAGCACCUUGAGAGCUUCGUGCAGCGCCUCGCAGGGAAAGCAAAAGGGUAUUUGUUUAGGAGACUUUAAGGAACCUAAUAGCGGUGGCCUCCAUCCUAAUAGCGGUGGCCUCCCAACCUACUGGCGAUGGCCUCCACCCUGGUAGCCGGUGAAGACCGGAGGGAAGCCGAGCAAUUGGGGACAUCCUUGGCAGCCUUUGUUCAUGGCUUAGCUUCGCGGCAUGCAAGUGCCAGCGUUGCAGUGACCCCCUUAUCUGCGCACGGACGUGCUUUGGCCAUGGGAGGCUUUACAACUUUAAAACAUGUGACACUCUCCCUUGCCUGUGUAUCCACAUUGCGUCACAGCCCGAGUUCUCACCUAAAGGAUGCUUGCAGUUUUUUGACAGGUGCAGAUCUGUUCAAAUGGUUGCUCUGAUUUCGCACAUGGCCUCGUGCGUAACUGUUUUGGAGGGCUCAUGGGGCCAGAAGCAGCGAAAGCUGAAUGUACCUGGACUGAAGCGUUGCAAGAAGCCCUUGAAGAGAUGACGCCAGCAGCCCAUGCUCGCCACCGCCGCCUAUUGACGUGCUCGCCUGCCAUGCCACCACCAAUGCAAGCUGGGUUUGCUUUGAGAACACAGUUGUGCUCGUGAUUAGCACGCGUGGCUGGUAAACUGCGCGCGGUGGCGAAACGUUUCGACAUGUUGAAGAUUAAUUUCCAACAGCCAGGAAUGCGCGACUCUCCUCACCCCUGUGAAAAAGACCGAAUGCGGCGGCAAAAUGUGCCGUCGCUUUAACUGAUGCAAAUUCUUAAUACAUUGAUGAAGCUACUAGGGGCUCCUGGCCUUACAACUAGGAGCAAGGACGCUACUAGGGGCUCCUGGCAUCGCUACUAGGAGCAUUCUUACUACUAGUAUUGAUGAACAAAUUCUUAGCGAAAAUUGUGCACCUGACACCUCA